GCAUGCUGAGGUUCUCGCUGCAACCUUUGAUCAGAUUGCUGAUCUUGACAGUCACAUCGUUACUUCUACGGUGUCAAUUUUUUGGGCGAAAACUGGUAACAGUUUCCCUAUACUUCGUCCGAGAAACCCAUCAUGCGUUCCGAAAGACGCUCCAAGAUCUUCUCCUUCCUCAACCCUUUCGCCAAACCAGCAGCUAGCGCUGAGGAAGAAACAUCAAACUCACACUCUCUUCACGACCUCACUCUCUCCGGUCCCAUUCCUCUCGAACCCUCAGAGAUACCUCUGCCAGCUACAAGGCUGGGCAGAGGACCAAGUGGCGCCACUUCUACCUCAUCAUGUACUAUACCCCCUUACGAACCUCAAACGUACAUCUCUCGAUUAGAUGGACGGUAUCCUAUUCAAGAGCGAUCUCACGUCCCUGAAACACCUGCUACUGCUGGCUUGCCAUCUCAUGUAUCACUCUCGACCAUGGGUUUCGGGAACAGUCCCUUCAAAUUGCCUUUUUCUGAUUACAGCGGAAUGCCCGGACGAGAUGCCUCUCACGGUGUUGGCGAAUUCGGGCAGUUCAUUGGCGCCUCAUCCCACGCGAACCCGUUGGAUUCAUCUGCCCCACGACAACCUACGACACCCAAUGGUCUCUCGUGCUCUCACAGCUCAAGACGGGAGAUACCUACUCUGGCAUCUGCCAUCCAAAUCCACGAAGCUCUCCAAAAAGAGGCGUCCUCGGCCAAGGAUGGGCCAGUUGGCCAUCAAAAUAAUACAUCCACAUGGAGAGGCAUUCCCAGAUCCAUCUCGAGAACAUCUCUGUCCCUCUUUGAUACCUGGAGUCAUUCAAAGUCUCGAUCCCGACGAGGAACCAUAAGUUCGCUUGUCAUCCCUGCGGAAUCCCCUCCACCUUCGCAAUCCGUGCCGCCUGUGGUCCCACAGGAUGUCAAGGCUGGAACAACACGGGUCAGACGAAAGAUGUCGAUAGACAACCUCGUUCGAUCACUCUCGCGUCAAAGCCUCUUCAGACCUUCUGCUCAAGAGCAGUCAAUGCCUUCGGAGAUGGUCGCGCCUGAUAACCGCCGAUGGACAGCAGUCUACUCAGAGGCUUCUGACGACAGUAUAAGUCAAAAACUUCACGCCGGAAGUGCGAGCGAUGAGAGGAAGACCAGUCGAUUUGCCAUGCCCCAAAUGAGAAGCAUGAGGAGCAAGUUUUCGGUGGGACGCAGAGACUCAGCAGGUCUAGCACGGAGGUCUAUCUUGGAGAUGGGAACCGGUAGGAAUGGGUCGAUAAUCCGGGUGUCUGCUCUUUUUCAGAGACCAGAAGACGCAUCAGUCAUGAGCGAUACCGAUCUCGCAAACAGGAAACACUCGGAGGUGCUGGAAUUAAGCGAGGUGCAAGAUACGGUCGAGAUCACCAAGACACCAACGCUUUCUGUCGAAACGUCUCCCCCUCGCCCAGCAGUGAUAGCCAACCUCGUGCAGCCCAAUGCUGCCGCCGCAGUCUCCUCUUUGACGGUGGCUCUUUCGCCGGCCCGAGAUGACGUUUCGAUCCUGGAUCCAUGUAGAAGUCCAUUGAUUGUGCCUCCUCCAGAUACAAUGUUGAGAGACCAAGCCAGGAUCCGUCACUCAAUUGCUUUGAGGGAACCCUUCGAUCUUCCCGCGGUGACUCCAAUACAGUCAAAGAAUCCUCAUUUGACAUCUUCGAUGCCGCCCUCCGAGUCACAAAGAGCGAUCCUUUCCACCGCAGAAUCCAGUGGCACGUUGUCAGAUCUCGCAUCCACCGACUCAUCAGCAAGCUUGGCAGCGAAGAUGAAACAGAGUCUCUCCGAGCUCAAGAGCGCUUUCAAGCGGAUGCGAAACAUGUCAGACCUUGAUCUCAGCUCAGUCGUCACCUCUAUUCCAUCAAGUGAGCACGAUAGCGUCGAUGCAGGGUCAAUGAAGCAGUCGUCUUCGGCGGGUAACGAGGAGAUCUUGCACAUCACCAACCUCGAGGAGGACUUGAACGAGGCGAGCCCGCCAGCCGACAAGACCAUUAGUCAUUCGGUCAGCGUUUCGAUUGAAAAAAAAGCAGGCUCUAUCGGGAGUGCCGAUGUCGCUCUUGCUGACGCAGGGGGCGAAAAGAUGUCCUGUGCUCCGAGCGGAACGUCCUGGCAUACGGCACGGGAAGACCUUCGAGUGUCCAUAGCGGAUUUGACGAGUCUGGCAUGGGAAGCGGGUUGAUCAUCGCUUGCGCCAUAGAACUUUGCGUUGCGUUGCGUUGAAUGAGCACUUGACGAUAUUCGAUCUUGCCUAUGUAUCCACUUUUUUGUGGGCUUUGUCGUG